GGAGCUUUUGGACGAAGCCCACGAACGAAUGCACAUAUUACAGAAGACGACUCUUGAACUAUUAUAAAUACGGUUAGGGUUUUGCGCCGGCCACUGUACCCUAACGCAGAAACCAUCGAAACGUAACAGAGCUCCGGCUGCCGCACAUUUCACUGCAAUAUGAAGGUUAUCGCUGCAUAUUUGUUGGCCUUGUUGGGAGGUAACACAUCUCCCUCCGCUGAAGAUUUGAAGAAAAUCCUCGGUUCAGUUGGAGCUGAUGCUGAUGAAGAUAGAAUUGAAUUACUCUUGUCGGAGAUUAAGGAUAAAGAUAUCACCGAAUUGAUUGCAUCUGGAAGGGAGAAGUUGGCUUCAGUUCCUUCAGGUGGCGGUGGUGGUGUUGCAGUUGCCGCCACAGGUGGUGGUGGUGCUGCACCAGCUGCAGCUGCUGCAGCUGAGCCAAAGAAAGAGGAGAAAGCUGCAGAGAAAGAAGAGUCCGAUGAUGAUAUGGGAUUCAGUUUGUUUGACUGAGGAUGGUAUGAAGCAUGUUCUUUUGUGGUUUUUGGAUAUGAUUUUUUGGUAGUAUUUUGUUAGUGUCAUCUUCAAAUGAAGAAUUUUGUAAGACCUUGCAAAAGUUUCUUUUUAGUUUUUAUACAUCAAAUGUUUUUUAACAUAGUUUUAUAUGACCUUUACUUUUGUUAA